AUGAAACUACGCACAACCUUAUGUUUCUUGUUGCCCAUCGUCAAGUCUGCUUUAUCUUACAAGACCCAGCUACAUCAACGAGAUGACCUUGCUUCGUCGCCGCCGUACUACCCCUCACCAUGGAUGAACCCGAAGGCCCUCGGCUGGGAAGAGGCGUAUAAACAAGCCAAGGAUUUCGUCUCUCAACUUACUCUACCGGAGAAGGUCAACUUGACUACGGGUACUGGAUGGCAAGGCGAGCAAUGCGUUGGUCAGGUCGGCAGUAUCCCCCGGAUGAAUCUCAGCGCUCUUUGCAUGCAAGACUCGCCGCUCGGUGUCCGCUUCGGUGACUACUCAUCGGCCUUCAGCUCCGGCCAGACCAUCGCCGCCUCUUUUGACAGAGAUCUCAUGAGAAGGCGAGGCGAAGCCAUCGGAGCAGAGCACAGAGGCAAGGGGGUCACGGUUAUGCUCGGCCCUGUUGCCGGACCCAUUGGACGCACGCCAGACGGAGGGCGCAACUGGGAAGGCUUUUCACCUGACCCCUGGCUCACCGGUGAGGCCAUCGCUCACACGAUCGUGGGUGUUCAAAACGCCGGAGUGGUCGCGUGCGCCAAGCACUACAUUGCCAAUGAGCAGGAACACUUCAGGCAGGUUGGUGAAUCGCAGCCUCGUGGCUAUAAUAUCACCGAGAGCAUGUCGUCCAACAUUGAUGACAAGACGAUGCACGAGCUCUACCUCUGGCCCUUCGCAGAUGCAGUGAGAGCCGGCGUUGGCUCUGUCAUGUGCAGCUACAACCAGGUCAACAACUCGUACGCUUGCCAGAACUCCAAGUUGCUCAAUGGCCUCCUGAAGAGCGAGCUCGGUUUCCAAGGGUUUGUCAUGAGUGAUUGGCAAGCUCAGCACACAGGUGUUGCCAGCGCCGUGGCCGGCUUGGACAUGUCUAUGCCUGGCGAUACCGAGUUCAGUUCGGGCAAAAGCUUUUGGGGGACUAACCUCACUUUGGCUGUCCUCAACGGGACAUUGCCCGAAUAUCGCCUCGACGACAUGGCUAUGAGAAUCAUGGCUGCUUUCUUCAAGGUUGGGUUUAAAGUGAAUGAGCAGCCUAAGAUCAACUUUGAUUCGUGGACUUUGGAUACGUUUGGGCCCCUUUACUACUCUGCGAAUGAAGGGCACCAGCAGAUUAACUGGCAUGUUGAUGUUAGAGGGGAGAAUGGAGAGCACGGGAAGCUUAUCAGAGAAUCUGCUGCUAAGUCGACUGUGUUGCUGAAAAAUGAGGGUGCUCUUCCGCUGAAGAAACCCAAGUUCCUCGCUGUGAUAGGCGAAGAUGCUGGCCCGAGCGGAUGGGGUCCCAACGGCUGUGAUGACCGAGGAUGUAACGCUGGCACUCUUGCCAUGGGCUGGGGGUCAGGUACCGCGAACUUCCCGUACCUCAUCACCCCGCUAGAUGCUCUCAACUUCCGAGCAGCUGACGACGGAACACGUGUUGAAGCCGUGCUGAACAACUCUGCCACGACCCAGAUUGAGAAACUUGUUGCCCAGGAGAGCGCCACGGCAUUGGUCUUUGUCAAUGCCAACUCGGGAGAAGGGUACAUCGACGUCGACGGAAAUGAGGGUGACCGAAAGAACCUCACCCUCUGGGCCAAUGGCGACGAACUCAUAAAGAACGUCUCAUCCAUCUGCAACAACACCAUCGUCAUCAUCCACUCGGUAGGUCCAACUCUGGUCACCGACUGGUACAACUCCCCCAACGUCACCGCCAUCCUCUGGGCUGGUCUUCCCGGCGAGGAGAGUGGUCGUUCAAUUGUGGAUGUGCUUUACGGUGACGUCAACCCAGCUGCUCGGACCCCGUUUACUUGGGGUGGCAAGCAGGAAGACUACGGGGCGGAGAUUCUUAGCGAGCUGAACAACGGCGAAGGCGCACCGCAGCUGGAAUUUUCAGAAGGUGUUUUCAUCGAUUACCGUUACUUCGACAAGAAGAAUAUCACGCCCAUUUACGAGUUCGGCUUCGGAUUAUCGUACACCACUUUCGAGUACAGCGAUAUUGCAAUAGAGAAGCAAGAAGUAGGCAACUACACGCCGACCACGGGCGAGACAGCAGAAGCGCCCACCUUCAACCCCGGCAACUUCUCAACCGACUUGGCUGAUUACCUCUUCCCCAAUGGGUCAUUCCCUUACAUUUCGCGGUACAUCUACCCCUACGUCAACACCACUGCCUCAGCCGCAGAAGCCUCACAAGAUCCCUUCUACGGCUCCACCGCCGAGGAAUUCCUCCCCUCCAACGCCAUCGCCAGCUCCCCCCAACCCCUCGAGCCCGCCGGGCCCGGCCUCUCCGACGAACCAGGCGGCAACCCCCAGCUCUGGGAUGUGCUGUACACUGUAUCCGCCAAGAUAACGAACACCGGCGACCUGAAGGGUGACGAGGUUCCGCAGCUGUAUGUCUCGUUCGGAGGACCUGACGAUCCGCCAGUCGUGCUACGCGGCUUUGAUCGUCUGGCUGUCGAGCCGGGGCAGACGGUUGAGUUCAGGGCUAAUUUGACGAGGAGGGAUCUGAGUAAUUGGGAUACGGAGAGUCAGAAUUGGGUUGUGAGAGACCAUGUCAAGACAGUGUAUGUUGGGCCGAGUAGUCGUAAGUUGACGCUUAAGGCUACGUUGGAUUAG